CCUGUUCCCGGCUGUGCCGGGCUCCGGGCGUCUCUCCACGAUCGCAGGGUUCACGCCGGCCCUGCCCCAGCCGAGGGCACCUGCGCAGCAGGCCGGCAGUCGGGAGCCCCGCGCCGCUCGGACGGCCGCGAGACUCGGAAAUCUUUCUAGGAGCAGUGAGGAAGACAGAAGAACUCCUUGGGCUGGCAAAGCCAUCUGCCAAGCACUGCUGCCACCAUGCCUAAGAGAAAGGCCAAAGGAGAUGCUAAAGGUGACAAAGCGAAGGCGAAGGAUGAGCCACAGAGAAGAUCGGCACGGUUGUCUGCUAAACCUGCCCCUCCAAAACCAGAGCCCAGGCCGAAAAAAGCCCUUGCAAAGAAGGCAGAGAAGCUGGCAAAAGGGAGAAAGGGGAAAGCCGAAGGUGGCAAGGAUGGGAACAACCCAGCCAAAAACCGAGAUGCCUCCACAGACCAGUCACAGAAAGCAGAAAGCGCUGGGGAUGCCAAGUGAAGCAUACUUUUCGAUGGCUCUGUACUUCCAGUGACUCUACUGUUUGAAAUACUAUUUUUUACAUCAAAUUUUAUUAAAAGGUAGAGUUUUUUUAAGUUAUGUUAUUAGCACACAAGACACUUUGUUGUGGUCUUUUAUGGAAAGGGCAAAUAACCACUAGUAGAAUGUCUCAGAAACUGGAUUGAAAUGGGUGAAAAUAGGAUUUUCUCUCCUUGUAUUUGAAGAUUUCUUGGUUCCAGAUACCCUGACAUUCAUACAUGGCAGCCACUAUGGGUCAGAGGCCUCAUAGCGUGGGGAAGCAAAACUUCAUUUCAUCUCAUCUCCUGAUGCCAUCAGGUGUCUUUGACUUCCUGAAACCAAGAGUCAUGACACAGCCUUGGCACUGCUAGAAUCAGCUGUGUCAAAUAAAAAUAGUCUGGCUUUCUGGUGAUGCCAUCAAGAUGGUCUUGCUCAAAAAAGCCAGGAUUCCUGUUUGCAGUUGGUGGAUCAUCUCAUUAAUAUUCCUGGAGUGUUUCCUUCCUUUCCUCCAUGUCAGAAUUGACCUGUGAAAAGCUCUUAUAUGCCUCAUGUGAAAUAGUCACUAUUUCUGAAAAAAUGUUUCCUGUUCACUGCAGCAGUAGACUUCUUUUACUUUAGGAGGAAGCAAGGUUGAAAGUUGUAAAAUGUUAAGCAUUGUCACCCAUGUCCUGUUGGAAGUAACUAUUUUUGAAAAGUAUCUUAUAAAGCUGGAUAUAGUUGGCUUCGUGGUAGGGGAGGCAUCAUUUCCAACCCAAAGUCAUAAAGAUAUUCUCUGCUGCCUUGUAAAAAAUUUCUAGUUUUGCUUUUCACAUUUGUUUUUAGUCUUCCCUGAACUGAUUCUUGCAAAAAUAUGAGCUAGUGAUUCAAUAUCAACUAUUUCUUUCAUGUGGUAAGUUGUUGUCCCAGCACCAUUUUCUGAAAAGGUCACCCUUUCCCCCACUGAUCUGUAACACUGGCUCUUUCAUAAAUCAAGUUUCUGUGUGUGUGGCAGGGGGGAGGUGUCUGUUGACAGUUUCAAUUCUGACUCACUGGUCAAUUUGUCUAACCUUGUGGUGGCACUAUGUAAUUCUGAGUACUACAACUUUAGAAAAUGGUCUUGAUAUCUCAGGACAAAUCCCACUUCCACCUUCAACAGCAUCAAACUUUUCAUCCUCAGAGUAUCUUGACUAUGCUUAGCCAAUUGCUUUUCCAUACAAGUUCUAGAAUUAGAUUGACAAGUUCCAAAUCAAGCAAACAAAGUUGGACUUUUUAUUGGAUUGGCAUUGACUUUAUAGAUCAGUUACAAUAUUGAGUCUUCUAAUCCAUGAGCAUGAUAUAAUUCACCAUUUAUCCAGGCUUUUUAAAAUGUCUUUCAAUAAAGUUUUAUAAUUUUCUCCAUAAA